AUCGAUCAGAAAAGCCAUGAGUAGUAAGCAUUGACUUCUAAUAGGUGUAUUCCUUCAAUCUAGUAAGCAUUGAGUUGGAUUUCUACCAAAUAUUUCAUCUAAAGCAUUUACUUAAGAUCUUGAAGUUCUGAUUUGCAGACAUGGAAACACCCGACAAUAGGUUGUACAUGUGCACCGUGUGCUUCCAAAGGUGCCUUUGGAGCGAUCUCUCGAAGAAGGAGCUCCGCUGCAUGCAGUGUCGUCUGCCACCCAAGAUCUGUGUCAUCUGCGAUAGGAAGUUCGAGCCGCGCGAGAAGUCGCAUGUUUACUGCAAACGAUGCAAUUUCUAUAUCCUCAGACACGCCGCAGUCAAGCCCCCUUCCUUGGAGGAAAAUCCCGAGAUGGCGGCGGAUGCUGGCCAGGAUAGCGAAGGAUCUACGUUCACGGAACGCUGGAAGGAGAUCAGAGCCGCCGCUGGAAUCGUGGACGACGGAUUCAGUGACUGAUUCCAAAUGCACAUUAUUUUCAUCAGUGUAAAACUGAACUCCUGGCGGUGGCUAUAAGUAAACAAAUAUAUCCAGUUCCCCUUCAA